AUGGCGUCGAAAUGGGGCGUGUUGGGCUGGCUCCUUCAACCAAAUUCCACACCUAUAAUUGAUAUCUACAACCAAGCAAGCACACACAUGGUAGAUUAUUUCUUAUCAACCAUGUUUCACGCUCAAACUUGUCAACGGAACUAUCUCCGCAUUCAGGCUGAAAAUUUAACCGGAGAUAGCUCGUUGGUGGACAUCGCGACGAAGGAUAAUCUGAAGGAUCUGGUUGGAAUCGGGGAAGGAAAUUCUGAGCCUGCUCUUUGCGGAGGCACAAAUAAGGAUGCUUUGAUUAGGUUUGCAAAAAUGCUCUCGGAUGAACAUAAAUUCCGGCUGUCGAAAUCACAGCACAAGAACUAG